AUGGCUUGUGCGCCAACAAUUAGCAGGGACAAUCCGAUUCCUCCGUCUAUAAAAGUUGUCAGACACAAGCAGACCAGCUUUGCCUCUUUGGUGGACCAUCAUUUAAAGUUCGAAUCUCUCGAUUUCAACCCACUGACAUACCCUUUGGAACUUUCAAGUAGACUACUGUCCGAACCAAGUGAGGUCCAAACAUCGACCCCUAGCAACCAAGAGCACUUGACUUCUGGUAGCACCAAGGCUGCUAGUCCAGUUCAUUCAGCAGUUCUUCUGUCUGAUAUCAAACACCCCGAGCAAGAAACCUUGAAUCUCCACGGGAAAUCCCAUACACACACUUCGACUUCCCCAUCUUCAAGCUCGGCUUCUCAUGCUGGCACUCUGUCGAAUACAUUACCCGCCCUAUCACGAAUAGUUAUGCCGUACGGUCAUACCAAUGACGCAGGGAGGCCUCUGAGCCCAGCUGCUGCUACACAGAUGGAUCCCACAGUUCCACGUCCAAUAGGAUUACCCGCAUCGCCAUCAUUCAAUAGACCGGACGCCUCGCACCCAGAAAAUCAUCAUCACCACCAUCACCACCAUCACCAUCACCAUCAUCGUUCUUCUAUCGACCAUUCUACUCUUCCCACCCUUCCAACUAUCCCAGGCCUCACGAGACACAGAUCAUCUCGUUCCCCGUCUGGUGCUAGGUCCCCCCCACUAUCUGAUUCAUCGGAAGGCUCAAUUCAUCUAUUACCACCCUUGGCGAUGGAUUCGCAAUCAUCAAGCGGCCACCAGGCAACUGGACCACCACUUCUAGAUACAGAGGUGCUUCAAAAGCUGGUGACCCCCGAGGGUCACAUAAUCCGACCCGAAAUCCACGCGAGGAUAGAUAAAGGAUUUUUUUUAUCCGAUAAUGAUUGGACCUGCUACCGCAGAAACUACUUCUCGGUGGGGUGUUCAUAUUCUUUGUACCCUCAGCCAAGCGGUGGUGUAUAUCUUCAGAGCCAUCAGGGAGUCGACCACGUUGCCGGCUUCGCCGUAAAGAUUAGCGCUGCAGUCGAAGGAGCUGGCGGUAAACCCGUUGAGCUCGUCCAGCAUACGCCCAAACGCGAUAAAGGACCACAGAUGCAGCCUGGAAUUAUCAAAUUAAUCCCACAAUCCGCAAGCGGUAAUCAAUUUGGUAGUUCGCUUUCAGGAAAUGUUAUGAAACAUGGGUCAGAGUAUGACUAUAACUACCCUCACGCUCAUUUACCCCACCAACCAUUAAACCAGGCUGUUUACGACCGUAUUCAGUUUAAGUCCGCCACCGCCAAUAACGGCAAACGUCGUGCUGCACAGCAGUAUUACCAUCUCGUCGUGGAGCUCUACGCUGAAAUUGUCUCAACAGUAAGCGGAGAAUCAGAUACCUCUUAUGUUCUCGUUGCCAAAAGAAUUUCCGCUCCCAUGGUGGUCCGUGGCCGGAGCCCCGGUCACUACGUUGAUGAACGGAAACAUAACCGGCCUACAAGUGCUGGACCAGAUGGGAAGGGAUCCGGAACUCAGCCGUCUACUCCGGCAACCUCAUACGCUCCCGGUAUCGGUCUCCCAGCAGACCACCACUCUUACUAUGCCAAAGCAGCGCAACCUGGGGUAGGGGCCGAUCAUGAGCACUACGGCCACCCAUUACCUAGUGAAGGUGACCAACCUGCCUACUCGUACUACCCUCAAGCACUAAACAAUCCUUACGACAACCGCCCAAACCAUGCCCCAUUCAGCGGCUACUAUAUCUCCGGGGGUGUUCAUGACACCUUCAAAGGCUAUCAGCCCGUUGGUAUCAGCUGCACUACAUACGGUGACUCAACUUAUGGAUAUAUCCCAAGCAACGGCCGCUCUCGCGUUAAGAACGAGGGAAUGUACAAUAGCCUCAGUUGGCCUCGAGAUACCCCAAGAGUUGAGUAUCAGCGCAACCAUAUCAGCGACAAGCUUUACUCUACUGAAUCGUCCUCGCAACACUAUCCUAGCUUACCAACCCUUUAA